AUGUCCAUGAUCCAAACACGAACGCUUCAGGCGUUAUUCCAAGAAUCUGAAGAGGUGAUUCGUAACCUGUGCGAAGAGGAAAUUGAAGAGUUCAAAGAAGCGUUUUUACUGUUUGAUAAAGAUGGAAAUGGCACCAUAUCAAUAAAAGAACUGGGAAUAGCAAUGAGGGCUCUAGGACAGAACCCUACGGAACAACAAAUCCUGGAAAUCAUCAAUGACGUUGACAUUGAUGGAAACGGCCAGGUUGAGUUUCCGGAAUUUUGUGUUAUGAUGAAAAGAAUUAUGAAGGACACAGAUUCAGAAAUGAUCAGGGAGGCUUUUCGAGUGUUUGAUAAGGAUGGGAAUGGUGUUAUCACUGCUGACGAGUUUAAGCAUUUUAUGAUUCAUAUGGGAAUGCAGUUUAGUGAAGAGGAAGUUGAUGAGAUGAUGGAAGUUGUCGAUUGUGAUGGUAAUGGAGAAAUUGAUUAUGAAGAAUUUGUGAAGAUGAUGACAGGAGAAGCUCGAUGA